CAGAUGCAAUUGUAGCUUUGCUUUAUUGAGUAUUAAAAGUUUAAUGUAUAAAUGUCUCCCUUCACCAGAACUUUUUGGCAGCCCUGAAAUUCCUACAAAAAACACAAAGAUCCCAAUUGCUUCACGGGCUCAGCUGCCCUUGAAGGGUUAAUUAUACUAUGUAUUUUUUUUUUUUUUUAAGCAGGGAGAAUAAGCUGUAGCCAAAAGUAAAAGUCAUUAAUUUUAAGACAGAGAUGUAAGCAAAGUUUCCUUCCCCUCUGCAGGUUGGUCAGGGUAGGCUAUGCAGUAAUUGAAAAGUAAAGGCAAUUGAAUUACAGGCUCCUGUCCAAACCGAGUGCGAUUUCUUCUUCUUCUUCUUCUUUUUUUUUUUUUUUACAACCUCCAUUGCAUCAGAACUAGGCAGUAUUCCUGAUGUUCUCAUGUGUGUUAAUGCUGACUCACAGACUAACUUGCACAAGAAAAAAAAACACACAGGCAGCUCCACCAUACUAGAUGUGCCCUACUUUGGAUAUUCCUGCAUUGAAUGUCUGAGGAGCUCCGGCCGAUCCUGAGCCAUGUCGCAGAUGUUGCACAUAGAGAUUCCCAACUUUGGGAACACCGUUCUGGGCUGCCUGAACGAGCAGCGGCUGCUGGGGCUGUACUGCGAUGUCUCCAUCGUGGUGAAGGGCCAAGCCUUCAAGGCUCACCGGGCGGUGCUGGCCGCCAGCAGCCUCUACUUCCGAGACUUGUUCAGUGGGAACAGCAAAAACGCCUUUGAGCUGCCGGGCACCGUCCCCCCGGCUUGCUUCCAGCAGAUCCUGUCCUUCUGCUACACCGGCAAGCUGACCAUGGCGGCCAGCGAGCAGCUGGUGGUGAUGUACACGGCGGGCUUCCUGCAGAUCCAGCACAUCGUGGAGAAAGGGACGGACUUGAUGUUCAAGGUCAGCUCUCCCCACUGUGACUCUCAGACCACCAUGAUCGAAGACCCCAGCUCGGAGCCGCAGAGCCCCUGCAACCAGCUGCAGUCGGCCUCGGCGCCCUACGUCAUGUCCCCCUCCAUGCCCAUCCCGCUCCUCACGCGCGUCAAGCACGAGAACCUGGAGCUGCAGGCCCUGCCCGGCCUGCCCGGCAAGCGGCCGCUCGAGCCCGGCGCCCGGGACGGGCCCGGCGGCGCCGGCGGCGCCAGCGCGGGGCCGCUGAAGCUGUCGCGCGUCUCCUACUACGGCGUGCCCAGCCUGGCCACGCUGAUCCCCAACGUGCAGCAGGUGCAGUACUCGCAGGGGGAGCGCACCAGCCCCGGCGCCAGCAGCAUCCCCACCACCGACAGCCCCACCUCCUACCACAACGAGGAGGACGAGGAGGACGACGAGGCCUACGACACCAUGGUGGAGGAGCAGUACGGGCAGAUGUACAUCAAGUCCUCGGGAGGUUACUCUGUUGCCCAAGAGAAGCCGGAGCAGAUCCCGCUGGAGAACCGCUCCUGCGUCCUGAUCCGCCGGGAUCUGGUGGCUCUCCCUGCCAGCCUCAUCAGCCAGAUCGGGUACCGCUGCCACCCAAAGCUCUACUCCGAGGGAGACCCUGGGGAAAAACUCGAGCUGGUUGCAGGCUCAGGCGUUUACAUCACCCGGGGGCAGCUGAUGAAUUGCCAUUUAUGUGCUGGUGUCAAACACAAGGUCCUGCUGCGACGUCUCCUGGCCACCUUCUUCGAUCGGAACACACUUGCCAACAGCUGCGGAACUGGAAUCAGAUCCUCCACAAGCGAUCCCAGCAGGAAGCCCUUGGACAGCAGGGUCCUUAAUGCAGUCAAAUUGUAUUGUCAGAAUUUUGCCCCGAGCUUUAAGGAGAGCGAGAUGAACGUGAUCGCGGCCGACAUGUGCACCAACGCGCGGCGCGUGCGCAAGCGCUGGCUGCCCAAGAUCAAAUCCAUGCUGCCCGAGGGGAUGGAGAUGUACCGCACCGUCAUGGGCUCCUCCACAAACACUGUCCCCCUGGAGCCCGACUUCCAGCCCAACGCUGCUCAGGCCUUCGAGCAGCGCAUCUAUGCAGAGAGGAGGAGCGAGGCGGGGACUAUAGUAGCCUUGAGAACUAACACAGUGAAUGUAGAGCUCAGCAAUGGAUCCAACCAGUCCUUCGAGCAGGGCGAGGACGCCGAGGGCGCCGGCUCCGUGAUCCAGGAGGCAGCUGCCACGGAUGCCAUGGCGUCGGAAACCCAAAGCACUCCGCAACCUUUCGAACAAGCUUCGGGCUCCUCCAGCCGGCCCGAAACCCCCGUGAGAAGACAAGAUGGUACUUAUGGAGGGACUUUAUAGAGAGAGCAAACAUUUCAUGACCUAUAAGGGAUCUGUAAUACUAAAGCUGCUUGCAUGCAUUACUAAUACAAAACAAAAAAAUGUGAUCAAGCCACUUACCUACUGAACUGCUACUGUUGCCUGAAAAAAAUGUGAUUUUUAUUCUGCUUGUAUUUAAAAUUUAUGAAGGAAAUAAUCGCAUUCGUUAUACUGUAAAUGACUAGGUCUGUGGCGACCUACUUAAAAAAAUAUUGGGCUCCUUUUUUGAUAUUCCUGAGGUUAGUCUAUAAGAUUGUAGCUUUUUCUUUUUUUUUUUCCUUUCCUUUCCUUUUUUUUUUUUUUUGUUUUUUUUUUUUUUUUUUUUUUUUUUUUUUUUAGAAGGGGAGGAGAAAAGCUAGCCACCCCCCACCCACCACCACCCUGUCAUCACCCCAUCCAUCACUCAGCUCAGAAGUAAAGCCAUCGUUAACCUUGUCCU